UUUUACGUGAUAAUUCAUUUAUUAUAAAAGCCAACUUCAUAGAUUACUACAAACUAUUCUUAGUUUAUUUUUAGUACAAAGUGGAUAGAAUUGACAAAUUCUGGAAUCAUGAAGGGAGUGAUCUUUUUACUGUGUCUUUGUGCCUCCCAAACUGUCCUCGCAUUUUUUAUAUUGGACCUUUACAUUUUACGUGCUAAAAGUAUUAAGAAAAUGGAUGGCAUCGUGAAAAAAUUACAUAAGGAUGUAGAGGCUGCAAUUAAAGAUGGAAGGACAAAAGGCCUAAAUGAGGUUAUAGACGAAUGUCGAGAAUAUUACAGGAACCUCGAAGAAUUAUAUAACAAUAGACUUAAUAUGCAAAUAAAGUUUUGUUAUACGCUAGCUGACAGUACGAGCGAUAUUAAGUAUGCGGAAAGAUGCUACGCUGAAAAUAUUGCAGAAAUAGAAACAGGCGAAAAGAAAGAACGUUUGAAUACUAUUGAAUGCUUUCAAAGACACUAUGCUGCACAGUUUGGUCUAGGAGAAGGACAACACCCACAGAUAACACUAAGAGAAAUCAUGGUCUCCUGGCAGUGCCAAAUAACAGUCUCCACGUUUCUGGGAGGUGGAGGUCCAUCAGCAUCGUCUGGGAAAUAG